ACGCAGAACGAGCACGAAGCCUGCAAGCAAGGCGGCACAGCGUGGCGUGGAAUUGAAGAACUGUUUUCACAGCAGCGUUUUGUCUGUCUCGGCGACCGAUAAACAUGCUAGGAAAACGGACUAGGAAGCAGUGAAGAGGAUUGUGGGCGGUGACUACGUCGUAGAAGUGGCAUAAAUUGCAGGAAACAGCAAACUUUCCUGCUGUUGUUUUGUUACCCAAGCUCACUGUUGAGGAAGGAAUUGUUGUUGUGACAAUGAAGAACGAAGAUGAUACGGAGACGGCAUGCUCUGGUGAGACCCGAAGAGCUUCCAAUGUCACAAAAGGGUUGGAAACAACAAAGCUCAUCAGGAACAACAGCAACAACAUGAACAGCAGCAACGCUAUUCAGCAUGCCUCUGGAGAUCAACAUGAUACUAGUGUAACCGUGGCUGAAGUACUUCGACUGUGCUCACUUCUAACCCCUGAAGAACAGCAGAAAUUCGACGACAGAUACACACAACAACGACUGCAAGUUGGGCGAACAGGUCGAGCACAAAACCAGCUUCAGGAACGGUUUGAAUCCGGUACUAGCGAGGUGAUAGUUUCGAACGAAGACGCUCAACGAAACGAUGAUGGCAGCGUGGCCUAUUCUCAUUCAACGCCCUCCGAUUUAACGGAUGGCAGCCAUGUCAACAGUGAUCGAAAUUUUGGAAGUCCAGCACGAAUUCUUCUUCAAACAGAGAAUGGAAACAACCAAGACGUGACGCCCACUGACAAUCUUCAAACUGCUGGUGAGGAAAGUGAUGGAGACUUGCAAGCCGACAACCCUCACGAUUCGAGCAACCCGUACCAUCAAAAUGACAACGCCGACGACGACACGGCAAGCCUACUUGACGCAGAGCGCAACAACGUGCCAGCAACGGCAAGUACUACAAACACAGCAAGCACCGCGAGCUUGACGAACGUCACAGGGGCCGACCAGGCACAGAACUAAAUCGCGAGAUUCCACAACAGCCAACCGUGCACCAAAUUGCAACCGUGUUGCGCGCCAUGAGAAAAUACUAAAGGAAGUACUAGCCCAUUCACCGUCUCGGUUAUCAAGGCUGAUGACUGGUUGCUUGCUAGCUAGAAUAUAGAAAUGAGAAAUUCAACGAUAAUCAAAAACUACUCUAAUGUCUUUAGGGUGUUUCUGUUUUGCUUCUCUGGGCC